AUUAUUUUUUUCCGACUAGUGUUAGGAGCGUUGAAAACUAUCCAACAUAAUUUCACAAGCUCAUUCUUUGUUCCGUAGUUUGGAGUUAUUUGCAAAUGAUGAACAAGAAGCGGUUCUUGGGAGAGAUCCCGUGUUCAGAUAUUUGUGAAAGUUGCUUGUUGGCCAUUGUACCAUCGCAGGUGCUCGUUCAGUCUAGCAGUAAGUCUCACUAUGUUCGUUUUGACUGCAUGAGUGUUGCAGCAUACAAAUAGUCAGGAAUCCAGAGCGAGAGCGAGAGAGAGAGAGAUAUAGAGGAGGACUCCAAGUCAGAGCAGGUGGUGGUUUGUCUGUUUGCUGGUCAGCAUGAUGACGUCGACGGUACUCGCGAGCAGAAUCCCUCUUCGACCUGGGAGCGAGUGUGUAGAGUAUAUCCUCUGCCGCGAUGUAGUCCCGCAGAGGACGUGGAUCGAAAUCGAUCCUUGUUUAGAGUUCCGUGAUAGGGAGGAGUUAUCUGUGCACUUGAGAACGUUGUUUCAUAUUUUGAAAACUUCCAGCCACAGUUCUGUGGUCUAAGUGGUUCUACUCGACAUUGAAAGCGGGUGCACUGCGAUUCAAGAAGAAGAGAGGAUCCUGGUGCAGCGCUGGCUUUUGACAGCACCCGAAGUAGAGGAUAUCUGAGUAUCAUAUUGAAUCGUGCGUAUCGACGAUUCGAAGGGUAGUCUGUUGGUGGAUGCCCGAAGUCUACGUAACACUUCCACGGGGACCAUGAAAUUGGGGGCCACUUCUUCCAAUAGAUUGCGUAGACAUACUUCAGUUCAUGGAGUAUUAUUGUUUCAUGGACAAAUUUCAGCAUCACCUCGGAUGUUGAUGUGGACACUGCUUGCGACUAUCGUAGUGUUCUCUGCAACUUCUACCUUAGUUUGUGCGCAAGAUGCUUUGACGCAAGGGAAAACACUGAGGAGUUUGGGAAAAGCUUGGAAUGCAAACCUCAGUGACUGGAGCCUCACUGAUGACCCUUGCCUCGGAAAUUGGACGGGCAUCACUUGCGAAGCAACAAAUAGCAAAGUCAUAAGCGUGAGAUUGGUCAAUAAGAGUCUCUACGGAUCCAUUCCAAAGGAGAUCGGACAACUUGUAUUUUUGGAGCAGUUGGACCUUACAAACAACUCCAUCCAGGGUGGAAUACCUACAGAGAUUGGGAAGCUUACAAAUCUCCAAGUUCUCACACUCGAUGGAAAUAGUUUGACUUCUCUUCCACCGCAAGAACUCCUAUUUUGUAAUCUUACGGAACUAUCUAUGCAUGGGAACCAAAUUAAUGGGAAGAUUCCAUCAUGGAUUGGUCAGAUGGUGCAAUUGGUCAAAUUGGAUUUGUACACUAAUAACCUCUGGGGUGGUCUUCCUCCCGAAUAUGGAAAUCUCAAAAACCUACAAACGCUAGAACUAUGGGAAAAUCAGCUGUCUGGAUACAUUCCUGAUGAGUGGCGAGGAAUGACAAGUAUUGUAAACUUAAAAUUAGGCCAUAACUAUCUCUCGGGAACUUUGCCAGGGUUUCUUUUUGAACUUCCAACUUUGAGAACCAUGAACCUUCCUCGCAAUCAAUUCAUGGGCCCAUUUCCAAAUAUAACAGCGCUACUUCGAAAUGGAAUCUCGAAUUUCACAAAACUUGGACUGAACUGCAACUUUUUCACCGGCAAAUAUCCACAACAGUACUACGAUACUUUACCACCUGGUGUCAACAUAACAAUAAACUACACUCCAAAUUGCUUCGACAACGAGACCGAUACGAAUCCAACAAUCAAUCGUCUGCCCAACGUAACGCAAAAUACGCCACGAGAUUGCGAAAGGCAGUGGGCUUGCGGUACUUUCUUGCAAUAUGUUGCGCAAGAAAAAGGUAACUGCGCCCCUUGUCCAUCGGGACAGAUUAGGAUCGACGUUAGCAAGUGUAUUUGCGGAAAAGAAGAACAACUGCCAAACACUUCAAAAAAGUUUCCUGUUGGGGCGGUGGUGGGUGGCAUUGUUGGAGGGGUUUGUGCCAUACUCGUUGCACUGCUAUUGAUGCUGGUAUAUUAUAAGCACAGCACUAGAGUUCUAUAUCCAGAGUUUGGAAGGACGUAUGAAGGAAGCGACGAGCCAUGGAUUGUGCCAAAAGAAUUGCGAAGGUUUAAAUUACAGGAAUUGGAGAAGGCAACAAAUAACUUCGAUGAGAAAUGCUUCACCGGGUCGGGUGGGUUCGGUAAAGUUUACCGUGGUGUCCUCCUUGAUGGUACAGUUGUGGCCAUAAAAUGUGCUUCUCUGCAGAGUGCUCAAGGACAAACAGAGUUUCGAAAUGAGCUCACUUUGCUGAGUCGCCUGCACCACCGCAAUCUUGUCAAGCUUGAAGGAUUUUGCGAUGAUGAUGGUUUACAGAUCCUUGUUUACGAAUUCAUGGAAAAUGGCGAUCUUCAUGACAAUCUUUUCGGGAAGAAGGGGAAGUUCCCAUUGAAUUCUAUUCAACGACUUGAGGUUGUGCUUGGAGUUGCACGAGGACUGGACUAUCUCCAUUCUUUUGCGGAUCCACCGGUCAUCCACAGAGACAUCAAACUAUCAAAUGUGCUUCUCUCACAUUCUAUGGUGCCAAAACUUUCAGACUUUGGUGUGUCAAGAGCUUCCGCAGAAUAUGCAACACACGUAUCUACUGCUCCUAUUGGAACUAGAGGUUAUUUGGAUCCUGAUUACUUCAGGACUAAUCAAUUGACUACGGCUAGCGAUGUUUACGCUUUCGGCAUAGUGCUACUGGAGAUUAUUACAGGGUUACCUGUGAUCGAUUAUACACGUUUGGACGCAUCAUGUCUUGAUGCAUGGGCGCGACCACGUUUCAAUGAAGGAGGAAUAAGGGCGAUCAUCGACAGAAAGCUGGAUAUUGGUUACAAUGAAGCCUUGUACACAGACAUGGCACAUCUUGCACUACGUUGCGCUCAACAUGAUCGAACCCUGCGACCAACAAUGAAGGAUGUAUUAAGCAUUUUGGAACCAUAUGGGAAAACGAUAUUACAAGUACCAUCCCCUGAAUGGAUCGGGUGGUCAACCUCACACUUCACGAAUAAAUCUCUCUUCGAGCCAGAGACUCCCAUGGGCUUUGAGAGGCCUGGAAGCAGAGAAACUAGUGCAGCUGAAUUGUACCCGUUGAAAACAGCACUUUCUCAUUCUCCUCCUGGAUCAAGUGCAUUCCACAGUCCCGGACCUUCUGAAUGCUUCACAAACCCAAAACCUCGAUGACAAAUUAUAUUAACCUGCUUGUUCAUAUAGGUUGGUGUUCUGAAUACACAAGAGCACUGUGAGUUCUGAAGACUCUGCUCAUUUGCUCCUCAAUGGUUACAGACAAUUCUCCCUUAUUGUGGUCAGUAUCUGUGUACAUCAUCGAACCACACACAGGACAGCUGAGGACUCUGAACCAUGUGAUUUGUCUACAGUCUUUCAGUGACAGGGUCUAUGCAAACCACAGAUAAAUGGGUAAACUGACAUGUAGGACAGUCGAGUGUGUUGGCACUUAACUCAAGGGGGUCUUUGUUGCUCAGGUGGGAGGGUGCAAUCUUCACAUCUUGUGAUUGGUUGACAUUGAGCAGUUUUCCUUGGUUGCCCUUCCAUGUAGGAAAAUGUAACAAAAAGGUAGUAAUAGGAAAAGGUGAAGUUGGAGUGUACUUUUUAUCAUACGACAUGAAUUGUGUUGUCCCUCAAAAAGUUUGUAUUUAAA